ACUAUAAAAGCCUUUGCUCUCAGGAAUUAGAAAAUAUUCCCCCGGAGAGAUAUUUCCAAGACUUUGCCUACUUAUCUUUCACGACAAACAAGCCCCAGGAUGAGGAGCCUUCUUCGGUUUCUGGCGCUCUGCGCAGUGGCCUCGCUCUGCGUCUGCUACGAGUCUCAUGAAAGCACAGAAUCCAUUGAAGAUUUGUUCGUGCCUCCAAACCGAGCCAACUCCUUCAUCACGCCACACAGAGGCAACGUGUACAACCCACCCCAAGGGAACGGCCUCAACCAUUACAACUUCAUGAGGACGACAAAGUCUCCGGCGGAGAGGCGUGCCGAGACCUGUGAGGACUACUCUCCCUGCCGCUUCUACGCCUAUCGCCACGGCUAUCAGCAGGCCUACCAGAGAUACUUCGCCUCUCGGAAUCAGCCCCAGAGACAAGCCGGGACUCGUCGAUACUGAACUCCGAGUAUCAGUCCAACAGACACAGAGUUGUCGUUGUCAACCCGCAUAUGAAUGCAUAUUUCUACAUUCCACGUAUCACAACUUUUAUCCGAUUUAGGUCGUUUCCGUGGCCUCUCCUGGAUGCGAAAUGACAAUCCUAGAAAAAACUCCAACACCUUCUUAUAAAUACUGAGGUUUUCGUCUCAUGACAGCCCAUCAUUAUUCCCUUGUCGUGUUCUCAUGGCCCAUCUCUUGUGUAAACUGAGGAUAACCGUUUAUCCCCUAUUAUCACACCUUCCCGGCAUUUAUGAGCUUCAUGUGAUACGCUUGAAUUAAGUGUUUCGUUCUCUAUCCACUAACCAGCUCUUACAUUAUCUGCCUACUUAUCCAGGCCAGCGCUGCUGUCAGUGAUUAUUUCCACUGCUUUGAAAGAAAUUAAAAUAAAAUAAAAUCCCCCUUCGGUGGGUUUUGUCUCAA